AUGCAUAGAAACCAAAGUUAUGCUUUUGUUGUUGUUUCCCUUUUGAGCACAUGUUUCAUGUUACUAUGUUCUAGUAGCCAUUCAUCAUUUGGUUGCAUAGAACAAGAGAGGCAAGCACUUCUUGAACUCAAAGGAAGCUUUAAUGAUACAUCAUUAAGACUUUCCUCUUGGGAAGGAAAUGAAUGUUGUAAAUGGAAAGGUAUAAGUUGCAGCAACAUUACAGGUCAUGUUGUUAAAAUUGACCUUAGGAAUCCAUGCUACCCACAACGAAGAAAACAGUAUCAAUCAAACUGUUCCUUCCCAAAUUAUGAGCUUAAAGCUCCAGAAAUCCAUCCAUCUCUUUCAAAUUUUAAACGUCUUAGUCAUUUAGACCUUAGUGGAAACAAUUUCAAUUCAAGUCCAAUACCAACGUUUAUCCAUUUCAUGAAUCAGUUACAAUUCCUUUCUAUCUCUGAUUCCCAUUUGAGUGGGAUGAUCCCAAAUAGCCUUGGAAACCUCACAAAAUUGACCUUUCUUGAUCUCAGUUUAAAUUCUUAUUUACACUCUGAUGAUGUGUAUUGGGUUUCAAAACUUUCAUUGCUCCAAAACCUUUAUCUGAGUGAUGUUUUUCUUGGGAGGGCACAAAAUUUAUUCAAGGUACUUGCCAUGCUUCCUUCUUUGCUAGAAUUAGAAUUGAAGAACUGUAGCAUAACCAAGAUGCACAGUCAUGAUCAUCAACUUGUUAGUUACACAAAUUUUUCUAGUAUUAAGUCACUCAAUCUUGCAGAUAAUAGACUUGAUGGUCCAGAUCUGAAUGCUUUUAGAAACAUGACUUCAAUUGAAAUUAUUUACCUUUCUAACAAUAGUCUUAGUUCAGUUCCAAUUUGGUUGAGUAAUUGUGCCAAACUUGACUAUCUUUAUCUUGGAAGCAAUGCUCUUAAUGGUUCUGUUCCAUCAGCUCUUCGAAAUUUGACUUCCUUGAGAUUGCUUGACCUUUCCCAAAACAACAUUGAAUCUGUUCCGCAAUGGUUAGAUGGGUUAGAGAGUCUUUUGUACCUCAAUAUUUCAUGGAAUCAUGUGAACCAUAUUGAGGGUUCUAUACCAGCAAUGCUAGGAAAUAUGUGUCAGCUUCUGUCACUAGAUUUGUCUGGAAACCGACUUCAAGGAGAUGCACUCAUCGGUAAUUUACAAUCUGCAAGAUGUAAUGGAUCUGGUUUAGAGGAACUUGACAUGACCAACAACAAUUUCAAUCAUCAACUGCCGACAUGGUUGGGGCAACUUGAAAAUAUGGUAAUCCUCACACUUCAAUCCAGUUUUUUCCAUGGUCCUAUUCCAAAUAUUUUGGGAAAAUUGUCAAAUUUGAAAUAUUUAACCCUUGGUAACAAUUACUUGAAUGGAACUAUUCCAAACUCUGUAGGAAAACUGGGAAAUCUAAUCCACUUGGACCUAUCUAAUAACCACUUGUUUGGGGGUCUUCCUUGUAGUAUAACAGCACUUGUCAAUCUAAAGUAUUUGAUUCUGAACAAUAAUAAUUUAACCGGAUAUCUUCCUAAUUGUAUUGGACAAUUCAUCAGUCUAAACACCUUGAUUAUUUCUUCUAAUCAUUUUUAUGGUGUCAUUCCUAGGAGUCUUGAGCAAUUAGUCAGCCUUGAAAACCUUGAUGUGUCAGAAAACUUUCUGAAUGGCACAAUCCCACAAAAUAUUGGUCGACUUUCAAAAUUGCACACCCUUUACCUUUGUCAAAAUAAUUUUCAAGGGAAAUUUCCCGAUAGUUUCGGUCAACUUUUGAACCUGCGCAAUUUAGACUUGUCUCUCAACCAUUUGAAAUGCAUGUUUUCUGAAAUAAAAUUUCCCAAGUCACUAGCCUAUGUGAACCGCACCAAUAACCAAAUCACUGGAUCCCUUCCCGAAAAUAUUGCUCAUAGAUUACCCAAUCUUACUCACUUGCUUCUUGGAGACAACCUCAUAAAUGAUUCCAUUCCAAACUCAAUGUGCAAAAUCAACUCUCUGUACAAUCUUGACCUUUCAGGGAACAAGUUAGUUGGCAACAUUCCUGAUUGUUGGAAUUCAACUCAAAGAUUGAAUGAGAUAAACCUUUCAUCAAACAAAUUAUCAGGUGUUAUUCCAAGCUCGUUCGGUCAUCUUUCAACUUUGGUAUGGUUACAUUUGAAUAAUAACAGUCUUCAUGGGGACUUUCCAUCAUUGUUGAGGAAUUUAAAGCAACUGUUAAUCUUAGAUAUUGGAGAUAAUCAAUUGUCAGGGACUAUACCUUCGUGGAUAGCUUUGCAAAUCUUGGACCUGUCUAACAACAUGUUGAUGGGGUCAAUCCCUCAAUGCAUUGGAAAUCUAAUAGCAAUGGUUCAAGGAAGUAAACCAUCCGUUUACUUAGCUCCUGGUGAGCCGAAGUAUAUUGAAUGGUAUGAACAAGAUGUCAGCCAGGUCAUUAAAGGAAGAGAAGAUCACUAUACAAGAAAUCUGAAAUUUGUGGCCAAUUUGGAUUUAUCAAACAACAAUUUGAGUGGACCUAUUCCUAAAGAAAUAACUCUUCUUACUGCUUUACGAGGCCUAAAUCUGUCACAUAAUCAUUUGUCAGGGGAAAUUCCUACAACCAUAGGAGACAUGAAGUUACUUGAAUCUUUGGAUUUCUCUCAUGAUCAACUUUCAAGCUCGAUUCCAAACACCAUGUCUAGUUUAACUUUUCUAGCUCACCUAAACUUGUCCUACAACAAUCUUUCAGGACCAGUUCCACAAGGAAACCAAUUUUUUACACUUAAUAUUGAUCCAUCGAUAUAUGAUGGAAACAAAUUUCUUUGUGGUGCACCAUUGUCUAAUCAUUGUGAUGCUGAUGACAGAGAUGAAAGUGGAGAUGAUGAUGAUGGUGAUGGUAAACAAAAUAGGAGUGAGAAAUUGUGGUUUUACUUUGUGGUAGCACUUGGAUUUGCUACUGGCUUUUGGGUUUUUAUUGGAGUUUUCUUGUUGAAGAAGGGUUGGAGGUUUGCUUACUUCAAAUUCAUUGAAGAGGCAGUGCACAGGAUAAAUGUGACAUUAAGAAGCGAAACAUGA